UAUAUAUAUAUAUAUAUAUAUAUAUUUUCGCCAAAAAAACAGCAACUAAUUAAUGGAACAUUCAACCGUUCAGUUGGGUUUCGUUGAUUCCGUAUUGGCCAAGCUGACGGAUCUGACAGGUUCUGAAUUAUCUGAGCAAAUUUCCUACAGCAAGCUGAUGAUCCCGCAAGUUAAAUCCUUCAGACAUUGGUUGGGACAAAUUGAGAACAUGUUGGGUCAGGACGAACUCCGAACACUCUGGAAUCGUGUUUUAGAGGCAAUGCAUAAGCUAGACAGCCUCAUUGGCGAUUCUUCUUCAACAAUGUUGGGAUCCAUCAAGGAAGAAAUGGACGAAAUUGAGUCCGAUAUUGAACUCAAGAAAAUGGAAAUGAAAAUGAAAGAGAAGGAAAUCCCCACGGCUAGCAGUCAGUUGUCGACGGCACGACGAAGAACUGAUCCCUCGACGGCAGCAACAAUAAAUCAAGCAGUGGGUUUCGCCGAGGAGGAAAGAUCAAUUGAAGAUCAGCUUACAAGAGGGGGGAAGGGCUUGAAAAUGGUUGCCAUCGUAGGUAUGGCAGGACAAGGUAAAACCUUCUUAGCUAAUCGAAUUUUCAAUCGCAAUUCGAUUUCGCACCAUUUCCCGGUUCGCGCUUGGUGUGUGAUUUCAGAGAAACUGAACAACAAGGAAGUUUUAUCUAAACUCUUAAAUCAGACGACUGUUCAUGGUGAAAGCAAAAGGGAAGAAGAAGAUUUGAAAGAGGAGCUCCGGAAAAGUUUGAAAGGAAGGAGAUACCUCAUAGUUUUAGAUGAUGUUUGGUACAUGGAAGCAUGGAAUAGUUUGAGAGCUUGUUUCCCCGAUGACAACGUUGGAAGUAGGAUUCUUGUGACCAGCCGAAGUAACGAUGUUGUCUUCUGCAAUGAAACUCAUCGUCUUCGCUCGCUCAACGAAGAGGAGAGUUUUGAGCUGUUGCGCUCGCAUUUGUCGCAAUCGAAUAAUAUUGGAGUUGAUGGUUGGACUUCAGAUUUGAAUGAGAUAGUGGCGCAAAUCGCGACAUCGUGUUGCGGCUUGCCGCUGACGAUGGUUGUGGUAGCUGGACUUCUAAAAGCAACAAAUUAUCCAGAAGGUUGGCAGGAAAUUCGUGAUGACUUUAUAAGGUUAUCCGGAUCAUCUGUCAUGGACUCAGUCCAACGCAGCUACGACCCUUUACCACAGCAUUUAAGAAAAUGCUUUCUCUAUUUCGGAACCAUUCCGAGAAACAAAGAGAUUUCAGUCGGGAGGUUGCUUUAUAUGUGGAUCGCAGAAGGUUUUGUUGAGGAAAAAUGUUGUAAUGGGAAAUUCAUAGAAGAUGUUGCUGCAGGUUACCUGAAAGACUUGACUGACAGAAGCUUGAUUGAGAUUACCAAGCAAAGGUGGGAUGGUGGAGUUAAGAAAUAUGGGAUUCAUGACUUGCUUUUUGAUUUCUGCUUGAACAAGGCUAAAGAGGAACAUUUUUUCCAUGUUGGAGAAGAGCAGAAUGGUUCUAAUGAGCCAUCCAACAACUUCCAAAGGCAAUGCUUCCACCAAUCUGAUGAACAUUUCCAUGAAGGGUUUGAGUUACUUUCUCCUAGUACUUGUUCUUUAAUUUUCACUUCCUCCAAAAAAUCGGUAACUAUCUCCUGGGACGUUAUUCUUGGCUUAAAACAUCUGAAAGUGCUGGAUUUGCAGAAAACCGACGUAUGUCGGGAGUUUCUGAGCAAAUUUGAAUUGCUGGGGAAAUUGACCUUCCUCGCAAUUAAAAUCAACUUUCGUCGUAUCCCAUCUUCAGUUGCUGGCCUCCCAAAUUUAGAGACUCUCAUUGUGGUGCCAAAUGCUGAAGUGGAAUUGCCAGAUGGUCUAUGGAAUCUACAGGAAUUAAGGUAUCUUCACAUACAGUAUCCUUUCGGUAUUUUGCCCGCACACAAUCUUGAGGCGGAGGGCUCAACAGUGCUCAAUAAGUUGGAUAGAUUGGAUGGUGCAUUCUUUCCCUCUCGGGACAGCAUGCAAAGCCUAAUGACAAAAUAUCCAAACAUUCGUAGGUUGAAAUGCAAAGUUUUCGCUCGAGCCGCGGAUGAUCCGGAAACCCUUGACAAGAAGAUAGUGUUUCCUGACUCUUUGAGCCAGUUACAAUCCAUUCGUCUGUUAAGCAACAUUCCGUCCGGUUCUCCGGUUACAUUUACAUAUGAGCUCAUUUUGCCCGGACACCUGCGGAAAUUGAGUUUGUUUGACUUUGCUUUGUCAUGGGCAAAUCUUUCAACCAUCGGUACACUGCCUAACCUUCAAAUCCUCAAGUUAACUGGUAUAUUCUUUGAAGGUGAAACAUGGGAAAUGAAAGAAGGAAAGUUCUCAAAACUCGAAUCCUUCAAAUUGCGGUGGCCUAAGACCAACCUUAUCAAGUGGAGUACAUCCUGCGAUGAUGAUCACCAACUCAGUCGUCUUAAGAAGCUGGCAUUUUGUGGGUGUAAAAUGUUGGAAGAUAUUCCUUCUGAUUGUUUAAAGAGCCUUGAUACACUUGAAAGGAUUCAUGCGUGUCGUUCGUCUAAGCGCAUUAAACAAAAGGUGGAAGAGAUUAAGGAGGAACAUAAGGAGCUCGGAACUGAUAUAUAUUGUGAUAUCUCUGAUUGAGAUUUUCCGAUAUAUACACCAUGUAGAUUAGUAGGCUACACCAUGUAGAUUAGCAGGUUGCUACUCCUUUUUAUGCUUAUUCUUCUGUAGUAAAUGUCUUUCAAAAUUUAAUUCAAAGCAAGUGCUUUGAUUUUUAUUUUUUUUAUUUUUAUUUUUGUAAUCAAUCAAUUAAUCUCUAUGCAUAUUUAAAGA